AUGGAUGUAUCCUUAUUUUACUACUCACAGGGAUCUGCUUGCGUAUAUCUAUUAGUUUAUGUGGAUGAUAUACUUAUGAUGGGGAGUGAUCAGGAUCUAGUUACUCAGUUAGUGUCAAAACUUUCUACUGCUUUUAAAAUUAGAAAUCUUGGCGAAUUUGGAUUUUUUCUUGGAAUUGAAACAGUUAAAUGCAAUGAUGGAAUUUUGCUUUCACAACAGAGAUCCAUGAAUGACAUUUUAAAACAUGCUGGAAUGGCAGAGUGUAAAGAACUAUCUACUCCUAUUUCCACUUCAAAAACCGUGGUCAUUGAUACAACCUUGUAUGAUGAUCCUACACAGUAUAGGAGUUUGGCUGGUGCAUUACAGUAUUUAACUAUCACUCGUCCUGAUCUUUCCUUUGCAGUCAAUCAGCUAUGUCAACACAUGCAUGCUCCUACAGUUUCUCACUGA